CGACGUCAUGAAUGUGGUCAGCUGGGAUGCGUGUAAUGGUGCGCACUGCUCGCCGCCUAUGCUUUCCACUUCCUGGAAGCGGGGUCACGUCAAAUAAAUACUUCUCUUUAAUCAGUGGAUUCAUCUGUCAGAGGUGGUCGCAUCAAAAACUGCCUGAAAUUAGAGAUUGAAGAGGUGGACAAUUAAAGGUAUUCUGUCCAUCAAGUCAGUCCACUCAGCAGUCUCCUGCCUUGUGAUAUCAUGUCUGAUCUCAGACAAGACAGUGACAUGGACACAGACCAUGCGACUGAUUUCUCCCUGAUCAACAGUCGCCUGGACUCGUUCCGUGGCUCCAGUCUGGCCCAGCAGGUGUCAGCUGAAAGAUUGGCCCGGGCCGGCUUCUACUUCACCGGCCCUGCCGACCGUGUCUGUUGUUUCAGCUGUAAGAAGACAGUGGAAAACUGGUGCAGGGGAGACACACCUGUAGAGAGGCAUAAAGAGGUUUCCCCAUCAUGCAGGUUUCUCAGCUGCACCCACCGUCCCAGUUUUAACCGGAGUUUUAACACCACACUGACCAACGGUUCCACAUACAAUGAAGAAGCAGAAGACAUGGAAUAUCGUUUGAGAACAGGAGAGGUUGUUGAUGAGUCCACCUACCCAAUGGCCCCUCACAUGAAGAGCGAGGAGGCCCGGCUUCAGACCUUCUCUUCUUGGCCCUCUACUGCUCCUGUGAGACCCAGAGAUCUCGCCCAAGCUGGCCUUUACUACUUAGGGGAGGGCGACCGGGUGCAAUGUUUUUGCUGUGCUGGCAUGCUGGGUGGCUGGGAAGCAGGAGACAACGCCUGGGGAGAACAUACCAAACAUUUUCCCAACUGCUUCUUCAUCCUUGGCCAUGAUGUGGGCAACAUCCCAUUCCAGGGGGGUACAGAGGAAGAGGAGUGUGGCAGAAGACAAGGCGCAAACGCUCAUGUCCCUAUGGAGAGUUUUGAAGAGAGGCUUGGUAGCUUUGCAGGUGUCCAGCACCCUAUUGACCAUGAGAGGCUUGCCAGGGCUGGCUUCUACAGCACAGGGACAGGAGACAAGGUGUUGUGUUUCCAGUGUGGUGGAGGUUUGAAAGGCUGGCGGCCUGAGGAAGACCCAUGGGAAGAACAUGCCAAACACUAUCCUGGAUGCAGCUUCUUGUUAGCAGAAAAAGGACAAGAAUUUGUCAACAGGAUCCAGCUACAAGACCCACAACGAAAUAGAGCUACUUCAAGUCAUCAGAAUGGAUUUUCAGGAGAUAGAAAUGAGGUGCUGCGGUCUGCCAUGGCUCAGAAGGCCAUCGCGAUGGGUCUAGACCCCAGUGUGGUUGAGAAGACCAUUUUGGAGAAGAUCAGCGGGACAGGCACAGGCUACUCCAAGCUGGAAGCACUAAUGGAGGAUUGUAUUAACAACACACCAGAGAGUGAUGCUUACAAGACAGAUGAGGACCCACUGGAGAAACUACGAAAGCUGCAAAUGGAAAAACUGUGUAAAGUAUGUAUGGACAGAGAUAUCUGUAUCGUCUUCAUCCCAUGUGGUCAUCUGGUCACUUGCAGGGAGUGUUCAGCAUCACUCAGCAAGUGUCCAAUCUGCUGUGGAGCCAUAACACAGAAGGUCCAGACCUAUAUGACUUAAGGAAAUCAUGGACUCUUGCCAAAAUUUCAGUGCUGCUUUCUGGCUAUCUUUAUAAUAUUGUAUUUUAAUAUUCACUGUAGAUAACCUGUAAUAUAUUUAAGGGUGUUGUAUGUAUGAGUUGGGGAAUAAAAUGAUGAAUAAAUGUAUAAAGAAAACAAUAUUUUCACAAUCACUGAGAUGGUAAAUAGUUGUUAAUAUUGAGAUCAGAUGACAUAAAUAGCUGAUGUUGAUUUUUGUAGGCCAUUAAUGAGUACUACUACCUGUAAAUACACACUACAAGACUUUAACCAUUUUCUUGCCAGAGGUGCCUUUCUCUAGGUUGAUGUACUCAUUUUGCUGUUUUAUUUUGGGAAUUUAGCAGUUUAAUUGAACUCUACAGUUGUUGUCCUCUUUUUGUCUGCUGUGUUCUUGUUUUACUAUAUUCAAUGUGUGCUGCUCUGUAUAGACAUUUUAAAUAUGUAUCAAUGAAUCCAUAAAGACUUAUAACUGACAAAAUCACCUUUUAUUUAGGGCCUGCAAUUAAUCAGUGUGGUUCUUUUUUUUUCCAUUCCAAAAUGCAAUCUGUCACGUCAUCAAGAGUGAAUAAAUUUUACUAAAUGGACUUUGAA